CCCUUUCUCAACCACCCACGACCAGCGGCUGUGUUACUGAACUCCUUGUCUAAGACCAUGGACUCCAACAAUUACUACCAGCAGUACAACAACACGCAGCAACAGGCUCACGAUGUCAACCCGUACCAUCAGCCCUAUCAAGGACCCAUGUACCCCGCGGCUGGCUCCUCGUCCUCUCACAACGCGCCUGUACCUGCAAAUGCCUACGAGUACGAUGUUGGCAUCCUUGCGCAGCAAAGUGUUUAUGUUCCUGGUGCCGCCAUAGAUAAGCGUGGCGGAUCUGGCGGUAAGCUUGCUAAAGGUGGUAAAAGAACUACUGUUCUACGCAAAGGCGGCGGAAAGGUCUGGGAAGAUCAGACGUUGCUGGAAUGGAAUUCUUCAUGGUUCAGGCUCUUCGUUGGUGAUCUAAGCAACGAUGUCUCGGACGAUGUCCUUGCAAAUGCAUUCAAUCAGUAUACAUCAUUCCAGAAAGCAAGGGUAAUUCGUGACAGGCUGAGUCAGAAGGCCAAGUACGGUUUCGUUGCCUUCUCUGACCCGGAAGACUUCCUGAAGGCAUGGAAGGAAAUGGAUGGCAAAUACGUGGGUAACCGUCCCGUCAAAUUGAAGAAAGCUGAUGACAAUGCAAUCCGCCCGGUCGAGAUUGGGCAUCGCAAGGCCAAGCAGUUGGAGAGGGAGUUGAAGAAGAACAGACAUAAGCCCUACUAGGCUCGAGAUUGGUAUGCUUGUUACUAUGUGCUUAUUAAUCUAUGACUACCGCCGACGGAUAGACUGCCAUCCCCAACGGGUGUGAAGUGGAAGUAGCCGUACAAACCUUGUAAUAAACUCUUGUUGCUUACCAAUGCUAAUCAACUUAAC